AUGGCCAGCAGCGUGACACCGGCCGGCAACUCGCCGCAGGCCCGCGAUGCUGCCCGCCGUCUCGAGGCGCCCAUCCACUCGGAGCGCCACAUCCGUGUCAUCUGCGUCGGUGCCGGUGCCUCGGGUCUGUUGUUUGCCUACAAGAUGCGGAAGCAUUUUACCAACUUCAGCCUGACCAUCUACGAGAAGAACCCUGCCGUCGCCGGCACAUGGUUUGAGAACCGAUAUCCUGGCUGCGCCUGCGAUGUUCCCUCGCACAACUACACGUGGUCGUUUGAGCCCAAGCUCGACUGGCCGGCCGUCUACCCGCCCGCCAAGGACAUCUUUGACUACUUUGAGGGCUUUGCCACCAAGUACGAUCUGCGCCAGUACGUCAAGCUGCAGCACCAGGUGAUUGGCGCGUACUGGGACACCCAGAAGGGCGGCUACGACGUCAAGAUUAAGGACAACGCGAACGGCGUCGUGGUCAGCGACCACUGCGACAUCCUCAUCAAUGCCUCCGGCAUCCUCAACAACUGGCGCUGGCCCGCCAUCCCCGGCCUGGACAAGUACAAGGGCACGCUGCUGCACACGGCCAACUGGGACCCCAACACCGUUCUGGACGGCAAGCACGUCGGCCUGAUAGGUAAUGGGUCCUCCGGCAUUCAGGUCCUGCCUGCCAUCCGCGAAAAGUGCAGCAAGGUCACCACCUUCAUCCGCGAACCGACGUGGGUGUCGCCCGUCCAGGGCCUCGAGCAGCACAUCUACUCGCCCGAGGAGCGCGCCGAGUUUGCCAACAAGCCGGGCGCGCUGCUCAAGUACCGCAAGGAGAUUGAGACGGGCCUCAACGGCCAGUACGGCAUCUUCCUCAAAAAGUCCAAGAUCAACGAGGACACGCGCGCGUACAUGAUUGCGCAGAUGAAGGAGAAGCUCAACAACGACGCUUUGGCCGAGAAGCUCAUCCCCGACUGGUCGGUCGGCUGCCGGCGCCUGACGCCGGGCGUCAACUACCUCGAGUCGCUGACCAAGGCCAACGUCGAGGUCGUGUACGGCGAGAUCCGCGCCGUCACCGAAAAGGGCUGCCUCUGCGACAACGGCCAGGAGUACCCGGUGGACGUGCUGAUCUGCGCCACGGGCUUCGACACCUCGUUCCGCCCCCGCUUCCCCGUCAUCACGCCGACGGGCGACAACUUGCAGGACACGUGGGCCGUGGACCCGGCGUCGUACUUUGGCGUCGCGGCCGCGGGCGUGCCCAACUACCUCGUGUUCCUGGGGCCCAACUGCCCCAUUGGCAACGGUCCCGUGCUGUCGGCCAUUGAGGCGCAGGCCGACUGGAUGUGCCAGCUCAUCGACCGCUUCCAGACGACCAACAUGGCCACGUUUGCGCCCUCGGCGCAGUCCGUGCGCGACUUUGUCGAGUUCAAGGAGUACUACAUGCGCCGCACCGUCUGGGCCGACCCCUGCCGCUCGUGGUACAAGCAGCGCCCCGACGGGCCCAUCACGGCUCUCUGGCCCGGCAGCACCCUGCACUACAUCGAGGCCGUCAAGGAGCUGCGCUUCGACGACUUUGACAUUACCUAUGCCGGCAACCGCUUCGCCUGGCUCGGCAACGGCUACUCGCAGACCGAGCUCGACGCCACCGCCGACUGGGCCUACUACAUCCGCGAGGCGGACGACGGCGCGCCGCUGUCGACGGCCGGCAAGCGCAAGCUGCUGACCAAGAGCGGCACCAUCCAGAGCCGCAACGCGGUGUCAUGGAGCAGUGGCGGCGGCGAGGGCCAGAGCGACCGUCCGCGCGAGCUGCGUUUGUAA